AAAAAUCAUAACAAAUAAGUACCAAACCAAAAUAUACAAUAGGGUGAAAAAAGUUUUUAAUUUUUAUCCCCCCGUAAAAAAACAAGAAAUCUUUUUUUUUAAUAAAAGAAAAAAUAACAAUGAACCGCAAAAUGAAGAGAACGUUUUUGGAUUUUGAAACAAAAGCUGAAGUUAUAAAGAAAAUAAAAAUCGGUGUUGAGAAGGAGGAAAUUCUACAAAAAUACGAAAUUGGUGAAAGUUCAUAUUACAAAUUUCUUCGACAUGAAUCAGAAAUAAUGAAUACUUUAAAGAAACCGGAGAAUAAACAUCGAAGAUUAUUUAAAAAAUUGAAAAAUGAAUAUUUAGACGAUGCAGUUAUUAAAUGGUUUCAGCAAACAAGAGACAGGGGAGUUUUAGUCACCGGUCCUAUGAUUCGUGAAAAAGCAAAAGUAUUCAAUGAAAAACUUAAUGGACCUGCAAAUUUCAAAGCAAGCAGUGGUUGGUUAUCAAAAUUAAAAAAGAGAUACAAUAUAAAAUGUUCCGAUAUAAAAGGAGAAAGUUUCACCUACAGUACUGAAUGUAUUGAAGAAUUUUCCAAAAGUUUAAAGAAAAAAAUAAUCAACGAGAAAUUAUUAUUAGAAAAUAUUUAUAAUGCCGAUGAAGCCGGUAUUUAUUGGCGGACAAUUGUCUCUGCCAUACAAUUAGAAAAAUUACAAGGAAAUAAUUUAUUUCAUCUUAAUAAUAGUAACGAUUUAAUAACAGUUCUAUUUUGCUCAAAUGCCAGCGGAAAUCAUCGAAUUCCAUUGUUAUUAAUUGUCAAUGAGGAUGAAUCGGCAUGUUUGGAAAAUUUACUAUCCAACGAUGAGAAUAGUGAAGGAAAAAAGAAAAGUUGUUUAAAUGAAUUAUCAUCGCUCGGCAUUAUUUACGCAAAUCAGGAGAACUCACGAAUUUGUCAGAAAAUAUUCAAGGACUGGUUCGAGGAGAUUUUCAUUCCGCGAGCAUUAGACUUUCAACGUGAUUCAAAAAUUAGUGGAAAAAUUCUCUUAAUUCUGGACAACGCACCAUGUCAUCCAGCAAUCGAUGAAUUGAAUGCAAUUAAUAAAAAUAUUGAAGUCAUUGAAAUACCGGCAAAUGUUUCAGCUCAAUUAAGGCGCACUCACAGCUAGUAGGCAGCA